GUUCCCAGAGUGCCCUGCGCGGUGAAGAAGCGGCGGCCGCAGAGUGGAGGCAUUUUGUGUCCGUGAUAGCAGCCGCGCGAUAUACAAGAUGGCGGCGGCUGCUGAGUGAAGUACUAGCGGCGGCGGCCGGGAUCCGGCGGUGCCAGCUGCGCUCGGAUCCCCAGAGACUCCCGGUGCCACUCCCGUAUCUCUGGAGCGGGCAGAGAGUGUAGUGGCGCCCGGCCGGGGAGUAGGGCAGAGCCGCGGAGGAGGACGCCCGCCGCAGGGGCCCGGCCUAAGCUGAGCGGCGGGGACCAGAUUCCUCCUCCGCUGCCGCCUCCCACUUCUCCUCCCGGGCGGCGCAGAGGCCCCCCAGGCUCCUUGCUCCAGCGUAGGACCCCCGCCUCACUUCCCCUCAGCGCCGGGAGGGCCGCGAGCCGCCCCUCACCAUGGCGAGCAGCAGCGGCUCCAAGGCCGAGUUCAUCGUCGGGGGUAAAUACAAGCUGGUGCGGAAGAUCGGGUCGGGCUCGUUCGGGGACAUCUAUCUGGCCAUCAACAUCACCAACGGGGAGGAAGUGGCCGUGAAGUUGGAGUCUCAGAAGGCCAGGCAUCCCCAGCUGCUGUACGAGAGCAAACUGUACAAGAUUCUGCAAGGCGGAGUUGGCAUCCCCCACAUAAGGUGGUAUGGUCAAGAGAAAGAUUAUAAUGUUCUAGUUAUGGAUCUUCUGGGACCCAGCCUUGAAGACCUCUUCAACUUCUGUUCCCGCAGGUUCACAAUGAAAACAGUACUUAUGUUAGCAGACCAGAUGAUCAGUAGAAUUGAAUAUGUGCAUACAAAGAAUUUUAUACACAGAGACAUUAAACCAGAUAACUUCCUAAUGGGUAUCGGGCGUCACUGUAAUAAGUUAUUCCUUAUUGACUUUGGUUUGGCCAAAAAGUACCGGGACAACAGGACAAGACAACACAUACCAUAUAGAGAAGACAAAAAUCUCACUGGCACAGCUCGAUAUGCCAGUAUCAAUGCACAUCUUGGCAUUGAGCAGAGUCGUCGAGAUGAUAUGGAGUCUUUAGGCUAUGUAUUGAUGUAUUUUAACAGAACCAGCCUGCCUUGGCAAGGAUUAAAGGCUGCAACAAAGAAGCAAAAGUAUGAAAAGAUUAGUGAAAAGAAGAUGUCCACUCCUGUUGAGGUUUUGUGUAAGGGAUUUCCUGCAGAAUUUGCCAUGUACCUGAACUACUGUCGUGGCCUGCGCUUUGAAGAGGCACCUGAUUACAUGUAUCUGAGGCAAUUAUUCCGUAUUCUUUUCAGGACCCUGAACCACCAAUAUGACUACACAUUCGACUGGACAAUGUUAAAGCAGAAAGCAGCACAGCAAGCCGCCUCUUCCAGUGGGCAGGGGCAGCAGGCCCAAACCCCCACAGGCAAGCAAACUGACAAAUCCAAGAGUAACAUGAAAGGGUCCAUCUUAGACAAUAAGGGUUUAUGAACAUCCAUCUGCAGUGUCUACAACUUCAGAGUCAUCUGCUGGUACCACUAGAUUGCUGCAACUAAAUGUAUGUCAGACGGUAAAUUAACUGAAUCAAAAAGACUUCAUCCAGUAAAACCAUGGAUGCAUUAGUAAUCAGGACCAGCCAGUUCCAGCCAGACUCACUGGGUGACAAGAUUUCUUGGUUCAUUUAUGCAACAAAUUCUCCCUUUCAUCCUGUUCAGAGCAAACAUUUCAUUGAUGGGGCUCAAUCAUUAUGAUGAGGCUACACUCCACUGGCAGAGAAGACAAUGCUGGAAUGUUACUGGACACAGAGUGAGAGAAUGAAAUUGAACAGUGUGCACACAAAAAAUUGAUGGGAAAUUCAUUAAUCUGAGUCUUGAUGAGUGGAGCAACGUACACAAUGAUCCAAUAAUAUGUGCUUGUGUGACAACAGAUGAUGGGGUUGCCUAUCUUACAGGAACAAUUGAUACAUCAGGAAAUAUCCACGCAGCAGAAUACUUACCAGUAGCAGUAAAAAUUAUAACAAUUUGAACGAAAAUUCAAGUGUGUAGCAUCAUAGACAAUGCUACACAUGUAGCAAAGAUGAGAAGCUAUCUAGAAGAAAAUAACAAAGGAUCCUGAAACUUAUAACUUAGGGAUGCAGUGCUCAUUUGUUCUUUUAGCUGAAGAGCCCCUCCAGGAAUAAACGAAAACGUUGAAAUUUCAAAAUAAUUCCCUAACAACCACUUUGCCUCAGCUUUGCUGAAGAGAGGAGGAAGAUCCAAACCAAUUAUCACCCAAUAUGUCCAAGGGGAUUAGUAGUUGACUCUUGAGGUAUUUAUUAAGAACUGACCUGUUCUGAUGACUAUUUGUGAAACAAAUGGUUGGCAAAAUAGAUGGAACUAUCACAGCUGAAGUAGUCAACAUCAGACUGAAGAGAAAUGUAGAAUGCAUGCUGCAUAUACUGAAACCUUUUUCUGUAGCCUGGGAUAAACUGCAGAACGAUUGCUGUUUUGCUGAUGGUGUUGAAAUUUAGAAAGGAACAUCAAGAGACAUUGAAGAAAGGAAAUAAUGAACAACAAAGUUACAUUGUAGGCAGUAAGAAAGCGGAUGGAUCAAUCAUUUACUCCAUCUCCUUUUCUUGUCGAUAUUGUCAACCCAAAGAACCAGGGUAGAUGCCUUAACUGCAGAAGAUGCUGCUAUAGCAUUGGCAUCUAAUAAUCACUCAUCAGUUAUGCCAACCACAAUAAAUUUCAGGGCUGGAGGUAAACCAUUCAAGCUGUACAUGUUAGCUAAUGAUUUAAACAAAGUCACACAACUGAACUGGUGGCAGCCACUAGUUAAGCACCUGGAACCAGAGUCUUUUGAAGUGCUAAACCUGCUUUUGACAGCAGUCGCCUCUUCUGCAGGCACAGUGAAUAUUUGCUUCAUUUGAACUAAUUCAAAGUUGAGAAAUCAAUUGGGAGUUGAAAAAGCAGAAAAGCUUGUCGCUCUUCCAGUCUGUGAAUAAAAACGAGGAGGAGAGGGGAUGAAAUCAAACUUUUAAAACUAGAAGGAUGGCUUAAGAAAUGUAGGAGAGACUCUUGUUCAAGAGGCUUAGGCGAAAAGGAACUUCAGCCUGGGCAAAUUUUCAAAUGUGCCGAAGUGAAAGUAACUGGAGCUGAUCUGAAAUCGAUGUAAUUCACUGCUCAACACAGUUAAUCCCUCUGUUUGCUAAAUCAUUUAGUUGUAAAUGUGAAAUACGUUUUGAUAAGCAGUUUUGUUGAAUAAAAAUGCUGUUUUAUGUGUUUAAAUUGCAGUUUUCAUCCUAAUGCAGCAUGACUCAAAUUGUGUGCAAAAAGUUAAUUAUCCAGUAAAUAAGCAAUAUCAUUCACUGUUUUCUAGCAUACUGACAAUGUACAAUUAAUCUGAAAAUACUGACUAAAAUUGCUUAAAUAAAUGUGUGCAUAUUAGA